AUGUGGGAGAGCCCAAAGGCCUCCCCUGGAAUUAAUAACUACUGGCCUAGCCUACAAAGACCUUCUGUCGCCGACUUCCGCGACUCCGUAGCAACAUGCCAGGAUCGAGAGCUUUGGGAAGCGUGCAGAUCGGGCAAUCUAAACCGAGUUCGUGAGCUCAUUUCGAUUCAUGGGAAUUCUAUCAACGCUCGCGAUGCAGACGGACGUCGAUCUACUCCCUUGCACUUUGCUGCUGGUUUCGGUCGGAAGGAAGUUGUCGAGUAUCUGCUCGAAACAGGCGGAGACGUAGGCGCCACUGACGAGGGAGGACUCAUCUCGCUCCACAAUGCUUGCUCCUUUGGCCACGCGGAUGUUGUUCGCAUGCUCAUUGAAGCUAAGUCCGACGUGAAUACGCAAGACCGUUGGGGCUGGACUUCUCUUCACGAAGCCGCCAUCAAAGGAAAAGCGGAUGUGUGCAUCUUACUUCUUCAAGCCGGUGCCGAUUGGAAUGUUAGUAACUCUGAUGGUAAAAUGCCAUUGGAAGUUGCUGAAGGCCCCGCUCGUCUUGUUCUCAAAGACGGGCGAAAAUCGUCUCCGCUUCACCUUGCUGCUGGUUAUAAUCGCGUGCGGAUCGUUGAAAUAUUGCUCAAGCAGUCUUGCUUCACUGGUCGCCAUUGGCCGAUGGCCGAUGUUCUCGCCAAGGAUAAAGGUGGACUGGUGCCCCUCCACAAUGCAUGUAGUUAUGGGCACAUAGACGUCGUCAAUAUUCUUCUCAAGGCAGGAGCUGACCCGAAUACAUGUGAUCUGUGGCAGUUUACUCCCCUCCACGAGGCUUCGAACAAAGGACGCCACGAGGUUUGUUCGCUACUGAUAGCUUACGGUGCUGACCCCCACCUCAACAACUGCCACGGAAAGAAUUCGAUCGAGUGCGCCGCCUCCAAAGAACUAGCCGACAAAAUCUUACGAGAGUACAGCUUCAUCGAGCUAAUUGACGCGUGUAAGCAAGGCAAUAUAAGUCGCAUGAAGAAGCUGCUUACACCUGAGCUUAUAAAUUUCGCGCACAUAGUAAGUGGCGAGACCCCUUUGAUGAUCGCUGUCACUUGUCCCUUUGCAAAACGUCGCCAAGUGGUAGAAAGUCUUUUGAAGAAGGGAGCUGGAGUUCAAAUUCAAAGCAAAGACGGCUCCACCGCGCUUCAUUAUGCAGCGACUUUUGGACACAUUGAUGCCGCCGAGUUGCUAGUCAGGCACAACGCGCAAAUGUCGAUAAAAGAUUGUGUCGGUGACACACCACUCCAUCGUGCCGUGAAGCACCAGCACGCUGGAAUCUACCACUUAUUCAUUUCGAACGGAGGCGACCCCAACAUUCAGAACAAUGACGGUUUGACGCCAAUCGAUUUGGGUAGUCAAGCGUUGCCCAGCCACUCAAUCAAUUUGCCUUCCAACGAUAGCAAUAAAGUGUUCCUCGAGGCUGCGAAAUCUGGCGAUUUGGAUCAAGUAAAGCGACUUUGCAAUCCAAGCACGGUUAAUUGUCGCGACGUCGAAGGUAGACAUUCAACCCCCUUCACUUUGCAGCCGGUUAUAAUCGAGUUCAAAUCGUCGAAUAUCUUCUUAGUCAAGGUGCAGAGUUACGGACACUACGAUGUCGUUGUCAUUUUGGUCCAAGCGGGUGCAAAUGUCAACACAGCGGAUCUGUGGAAAUAUACUCCAGUUCACGAAGCAGCUUCCAAGGGCAAAUACGAUAUAUGCAAGCUUUUGAUGAAAAAUGGGGCUGACCCGAAUAAAAAGAACCGAGACGGACAGUCACCAUUGGACGUUGCUAAGGAUUCUGACAUAAAAGACAUCUUGCUGGGUGACGCAGCAGUGCUAGAUGCAGCGAAAUCAGGAAGUGUUGCUCGAAUACAGAAACUUCUGACGGCGGAGAACGUUAACUGCCGUGAUACGCAUGGGCGAAAUUCCACACCCCUUCACUUGGCAGCUGGCUAUAACAAUAUCGAAGUCGCGGAGAUUUUAAUCGAAUACGGUGCGGAUGUCAAUGCUGAAGACAGAGGAGGAUUGAUACCUCUUCAUAAUGCCGCUUCAUACGGACAUGUUGAAAUCGCACAAGUGCUCCUGAAGCAUGGAAGUCACGUCAAUGCGAAUGAUAGAUGGCAAUUCACGCCACUUCACGAAGCAGCGCAGAAAGGCAGGACCCAGCUAUGUGCACUUUUGCUUUCUCACGGAGCCGAUCCUUACGUCAAGAAUCAAGAAGGACAGACGACGAUAGAGGUCGCUUCACAGGAUGAUGUUCGGUGUCUUCUCAGGGAUGCAAUGUGGCAAGGUGAGCCAAAUCAAACUCCAGAAUCUCAGCGCGAAUCGACUGAAGACAAAGAUCCUCCUUCACAAACACUUGCUGCUAACUUGGAGGCGAUGAAAAAUUUCCUGGCCGGAACUGAGUUUGAAAAGUAUAUUGCCCUGUUCGAGCAGGAAGAGAUAACACUGGACGUUCUCGCGGAAAUCAGCCACGAUGAGCUCAAAAAUCUUGGUAUAAAAGCUUAUGGGCAUCGACAUCGACUCCUUAGAGCAGUUCGCAAGCAGUGCUCUGGUCCUGACAGCUCUAUUAUUCAAGCUAACCAGCCUGUCGUGACACUCCAGGACUUGGACGAAGAGAUGGCUGAGUAUCAGUCCGUGUAUGACGAAAUGCAACAAACUAUACGAGAACACAAGGAUUUCGGUGCCGCUGGCGGAAUUUAUCAAUCUUUUAAAAUUUGUUCGAUUCAAAAAGUGAAGAAUCCUCGUUUGUGGAUUCGCUACGAGCGGAGAAAAGACGAGGUGAAGGAAGAAAACUACGGCUCGGCAAAUGAACGAAUGCUUUUCCAUGGUUCGCCUUUUAUUCAAGCUAUAAUACAGAAAGGAUUCGACGAGCGGCACGCCUAUAUCGGUGGGAUGUUCGGCGCGGGUAUUUAUUUUGCAGAAAAUUCUUCCAAGUCUAACCAAUAUGUCUGGGGAAUCGGAGGUGGAACUGGAUGUCAUGAACACAGAGACAAAAGCUGCUACGUAUGCAAGAGGCAAAUGCUGCUUUGUCGCGUUACCUUGGGCAAAAGUUUUCUUCAAACAAAUGCUCAGAAGCUGGCGCAUGCUCCUCCCGGUCACCACAGUGUCGUUGGUAAGCCUUCUAUCGGCGGCCUUUGUCACCCGGAAUACGUUAUCUAUCGCGGCGAGCAAUCUUAUCCUGAGUAUCUCAUUACUUAUCUCAUUCAACCACAAGAGACCUAG